CGCCACGGCAGUCGGGACAACGCCUGCCAAAAGUUGGCCAGGAAUGCUUUGUCCUCGGUUCGCAAGCUAAGUCCCCAUGAUCCCUCGCCCUAUGGUUCGGUGAUGAGACUCCAUAGGUACGGAUACCAUACCCACGCAGCUCAUGACUUCAGACACACUGUGAUGGACGUCGAUUUUCGCCCAGACCAGGACGGCCUGGGGCCGACAGAGCGGGCUCCCGAGCAGAGCUUCUGCUUUAGGACCCUCGCAGUCCUCCACCUUCCACGUCCCCCGUCGUGGCCGGACGGGGAACGUGGAAGGUGCUCCGAGUCCCAGCAGCCCCAGGACGGUCAGGAGCGUGAGGGUCCCCGCGGUCAUGAUCAGGACCACCAACCCCACGAGAGAUGCGGAUGA